UGACAGACUAGGAGAGUCCAAGGUAAGCUAUUCCAACCGUACAUCUCAGACUGUCCUUACGUCUCGAAUCUUGGUCCUCCGUCGCAACUGCUCGGUGCACUCUUUUUCGUGAUCCUAACUCGGCUCCAGGAAGAUGAUUCGCUCCGAAGAUUCCGCUACCUCCUCGGCCUGACCGACCUUUUCCGUCAUUUCAUCGAGACAAACCCGAACCCCAAGAUCCGCGAGAUUAUGGCCGAAAUUGAUCGCCAAAAUGCCGAGGACGCAAAGUCAAAGAAGGGCGCUGGUCGCCAAGGCGGUGCUACUAGUGAGAGGCGUCGUCGGACCGAAGCUGAGGAAGACGCCGAGUUGCUCAAGGACGAGAAGGUAGGAGGCUCCGCCGAAACCGUCUUCCGCGAGUCGCCCGCCUUUAUUCAGGGCACCAUGAGGGACUACCAGAUUGCCGGUCUCAACUGGCUGAUCUCCCUCCACGAAAACGGCAUCUCGGGCAUCCUGGCCGACGAAAUGGGUCUCGGAAAGACACUACAGACCAUCUCCUUCUUGGGUUAUCUGCGGCACAUCAUGGAUACUACCGGUCCCCAUUUGGUCAUUGUUCCCAAAUCGACUCUGGACAACUGGAAGCGCGAGUUUGCCAAGUGGACACCAGAAGUGAACGUGCUGGUGCUACAGGGUGCCAAGGAGGAGCGUCAGCAGCUCAUCCAAGACCGCCUUGUGGAUGAGAACUUCGACGUUUGCAUCACCAGUUACGAGAUGAUUCUCAGGGAGAAGGCUCACUUGAAGAAGUUUGCCUGGGAGUACAUCAUCAUUGAUGAGGCCCAUCGUAUCAAGAACGAAGAGUCCUCGCUGGCCCAAGUAAUCAGAGUGUUCAAUUCGAGAAAUCGUCUCUUGAUUACGGGCACUCCCCUGCAGAACAACUUGCACGAACUCUGGGCUCUGCUCAACUUCCUGCUACCAGAUGUCUUCGGAGAUUCCGAGGCGUUUGACCAAUGGUUCUCUGGCCAAGAUAGGGAUCAAGACACGGUUGUACAGCAGUUGCACCGUGUACUACGGCCCUUCUUGCUGCGCCGUGUCAAGAGUGAUGUCGAGAAGAGCCUUCUGCCCAAGAAGGAAGUCAAUGUCUACAUUGGCAUGUCGGAAAUGCAGGUAAAAUGGUACCAGAAGAUUCUUGAAAAGGAUAUCGAUGCCGUCAAUGGAGCUGGUGGAAAGCGCGAGUCCAAGACAAGGCUCUUGAACAUUGUUAUGCAGCUUCGUAAGUGCUGCAACCACCCUUACCUCUUCGAGGGAGCCGAGCCUGGUCCUCCCUAUACCACAGAUGAGCAUCUCGUUUACAACGCGGGAAAGAUGCUCGUACUUGAUAAGCUGCUUAAACGCCUGCAGAAGCAGGGCAGUCGCGUCCUCAUUUUCUCUCAGAUGAGCCGUCUGUUGGACAUUCUCGAGGAUUACUGUGUUUUCCGCCAAUACAAGUACUGCCGUAUUGAUGGCGGCACUGCUCACGAAGAUCGUAUUGCGGCUAUUGAUGAGUACAACAAACCCGGCUCGGACAAGUUUGUCUUCUUGUUGACAACACGAGCCGGUGGUCUCGGCAUUAACCUUACCACUGCCGACAUUGUCAUCCUCUACGACAGCGAUUGGAACCCGCAGGCUGAUUUGCAGGCCAUGGACCGCGCUCAUCGUAUUGGACAGACAAAGCAAGUGGUGGUUUAUCGUUUCGUCACGGAUAACGCCAUCGAAGAAAAAGUCUUGGAACGUGCAGCCCAAAAACUGCGCCUCGAUCAGCUGGUCAUCCAGCAGGGUCGUGCUCAGAUUGCCGCAAAGGCUGCUGCUAACAAGGAUGAGCUGCUGUCCAUGAUCCAGCAUGGUGCCGAGAAGGUCUUCCAGGGUAAGGGCGGUUUCGGGGCCUUGCCCGAAAAUGGCGCUGAGUUGGCUGAUGACGAUAUCGAUGCUAUUCUCGCAGCGGGUGAGAACCGAACCAAGGAGUUGAAUGCCAAGUACGAAAAGCUUGGUCUCGAUGACUUGCAAAAGUUCACCUCAGAAUCAGCGUACGAGUGGAACGGAGAAGAUUUCGCGGCUCGCAAGAAGGACAUUGGCAUCAACUGGAUCAACCCGGCGAAGCGUGAACGCAAGGAGCAGAUCUACUCUAUUGAUAAGUACUAUAAGCAGGCCCUGCAGACCGGCGGAAGGACAGCCGACACAAAGCCCAAGGCGCCGCGCGCUCCCAAGCAGGUACCUGUGCACGACUAUCAGUUCUAUCCCCUCCGACUCCGCGAAUUGCAAGACAGGGAGACGGCAUACUACCGGAAGGAAAUCGGCUAUAAAGUUCCCCUUCCUGACGGUGAUGACGAGACCCUGGAAGAGCGCGAGGCCGAAAGAGCUCUGGAUCAACAAGAGAUCGAUAACGCCACACCCUUGACAGAAGAGGAGCAAGCUGAGAAGCAAAAGCUUGCAGAGCAAGGCUUUGGCGACUGGAACAGGCGAGAUUUCCAGCAGUUCAUCAACGGCUCUGGCCGCUACGGCCGCAACGACUAUGAAGGGAUUGCGCAGGAAGUCGACAGCAAGACUCCUGCAGAGAUCAAGGCUUAUGCCAAGGUAUUUUGGCAACGGUAUACCGAGAUCGCGGACUACAACAAAUACCUCAAGGUCAUAGAGGAUGGUGAGGAACGUAUGCGCAAGAUUGAACAUCAGCGCAAGAUGUUGCGCAAGAAGAUGAGCCAGUACCGCGUGCCAUUGCAGCAACUGAAGAUCAACUACACUGUCUCGACGACCAACAAGAAGGUCUACACAGAGGAGGAGGACAGAUUCCUCCUGGUGAUGCUGGACAAGUAUGGCGUCGAUUCGGAGGGCAUCUACGAGAAGAUCCGGGAUGAGAUCCGCGAGAGCCCUCUUUUCCGCUUCGACUGGUUCUUCCUCAGCCGUACUCCCAUUGAGAUCAGCCGUCGCUGCAACACUCUGCUGACGACGAUCGUCAAGGAGUUUGAGGACGAGCCUAGCACUACCACCAAGGCCAAGGCGAACGGGGUCAAUGGCAAGCUCAAGCGUGAAGCGGAUGAUGGAGACAACGACGAGGAUAGCGUUUUGGGCCUGGCCCCUGCCAAGAAGAAGACCAAGGCCAAUGGUGUCAAGAACAAAGCGCUAGACAAUGUUAAGUCGGCGUCCGGUAGCAAAGCCACCUCGGCUGCCCCUUCGCGCGCGUCAAGCGUGGCGUCAACGGAUUCGAAGGCGACAAAGGGCAAGGCUGCCCCCAAGGGAAAGAAGAAGUAGACCGCUUGACGGCGGUUCAGGCGUGAGAGAUAAGCUACGGUAAAUGUAUUGAGUCGCCUUGCUAUUCAAGGCUGGCGUUGCAUUUCAUAUGACUACUGGAUGAAGGGGCGUGGUUCUCUGAGAGACCAGUCUAGAGAGUGUUAAUGCAGUUGGUUCGCGGCGUUUUCGAUGUCCUAUUUAUGUUGCGGCCAGUGAUGGAUAUUUUACGUCCCGUAGUUUAGCGAGGAUUAUCUCUGCCUACAUGAGGAAUAAAAAGCAUAUUUCGGUCAAAAGCAGUUCUCUUAAGAGACGCAUGGGGCGUGAU